CGCACUGUCAGUCUAUCAUGCCAGCAUGACAGUAGCACCUAGUUCUGCCCACAAGAUGCAGAUCAGUCCCGAUUGUCAUCCUCGAUAUUUCUGAGUAAAUUCUCCUCGCGAAUUUCGUUUGAAAAUACAGAAAUAUAUUCAACGUGCACGUGCAGAUCUCCCCCGACCUUGGAGAAACGGUCUUGUGGUUAAGGGUGCGAUUCAAACUGCGUCAACCGUCGCUUGAAUUUUACAACUCCAAAUGUCGACGAGAAAAAAGCGCCAUUUAUUAAACUCAAUUCAGUUCGACAGCUGCUGUUGACCUGGCCUAGGAAAGUGACUUUUUAAAAUUACUAUCCUUAUCAUCUUCGUAGUACAAGUUUUUCAUUUUUUAAGUGCGAAAGUUUUGAGUGUUGGUCGCUUUCAUGAUAUACCGUAACGCGAAUCUGCGUCGACUGUAAAUACAACGCUCUAAAAAUUGGUGCCUUGAACGAGGAAUAUUUGCCGGAGGUUUUUUCUUUUUUUUUUUUCUCCUAAAUUGUUGAGAUAACAUCCCACCAAGUGUUCAAAAUUCCUCGAAAAUGAAAGUUCCAGUUUUCUACAUAAGUGAAUCGAAGGUGCUCUUGAAAUGAAAUAUUCGCGCCAAUGGAUGUAACGUUAUAAAAAAAUUAGCCGUAAUUUAAAUUUUAUUCAAUUCAAAAGUCCUUCCCGAAACAUCUGUACUUUCUAUCAAAUAUAAAUGAAUUCUCAAGAAACUUAAUGUACGUAAAAAUAGAGAACAACUAUGCACAUAAUUUGGAGCAAUCAUAAUAAACAAUAGGAAAACGGAUGAAAAUAAUUAAUCAGUGAGUGUAACGAUGAAGAGUUGUGUCCGUUAAAAGUGUGGUCGUUGACUUUUUUUUCUACUUGUACAGGGUGAUUAAUUUUCUUCAGUGUUUGUCACAUAUUUGCUAAAGCGUGGAGGAGAAAAAUCGCGAUGCAGAGUGUGUGAAUGAAUAUGGUUUACAUUUAGGUUUAUAUGAGUGUAAUUUGUAUAGUAAAUAUAGCUAAAAAUUUGGAGAUGCAGCACAUGGUUCAAAAUCCAUGAAUGAAAAUAUAUCUGGGAGGUUUCCAGAAGCCCUGAGAAGAGGAGACCGCGGGCGGGUCUCCAAAGCCAUAAAGGGCAACCAACGGAAGGCCGGUCCAUAUCUGUACAGAGGAGGGAGAAGAAAAGGAGGAGGAGGAGACGGCGAAGGAGAGGAAAGAAGAAGAGGAAGUAGAGGAGGGGUGGAAAAAGGGGUGCGGAUAUACGUUUUCAAGGGAGGCUGCUGGAACCCGAAAAUCUGCAGAGAUGGAGUUUCUGCAGAACCAUCAUUCGGCAAACACCUCCGAGUCGCCAUAUACACUCGGUACAGGGUCAGUCGGAAGCAUCGAGGCGACGAUUCCUUCGAGUCUUUGCAGCGGAGCUCUAGGAGUUUUAUCGAACGAAGACACGUUAGGAGAAAAUCAGAACGAUGAGACGUUAGGCGCGCUGCAGGGAACGCUGCAGGACCUUCAAAAUUCACCCGAAGACAUCGGACAGGGUGGACAUAAUCAACAAUUGCAUAAUUCGGGGCAAAAUCAGGUGGUCAGCGAGUUCGGAGCUAGCUUUUGGGUCGACGACAUGGCAGGAUUUCCACUUCCGUCUCUCGACCUCGAUCCUUUACCACCGGGACUUUUCAGUCCAUGUUCCGCUACCUACAAUUGGGGUUGUCCAAGAGGGGAUUGCGUUCCGAGAUCUGGUACCGGAAAUGGAGAGGGUGUAGCCGACGUCUUGUUAUCCUUAAAGCACGCUGUUGUUCAUCCCGGAAGUCCAACCGGUGGUUACUAUGCCGGAGCUCCUCCGCAUCAUUAUUCUCAAGACUAUGCACAGAAUUUAGGACCUCCGGUACCCCCGAGUCAUUACGGAUCGGGUCCAGCGAUGUCCGUUAAUGUCUCCAUGAACAUGACCAUGAACAUGAACAUGCACCCAGGGUAUGACCAGAACUACCCCUCGGCAUGGGGUGUUGAGCCCCUGCUAAGUCCCGCCCCUCAAUAUAACCCAGUGGAAGUUCAGGCGAGGGUGAAUCAGCAGCAGCCUCCUCUGAUUGGUAACCACCCUCAUCACCCUCGAAUCCCAACCUCCGAACACGCCCUUUGUAUCGGGGGUGGCGUCACAACCGACGAUAAUGGAAGACCAAAUCUCUGCAGAAUAUGCGGAAAAACUUACGCUAGACCAAGCACUUUGAAAACGCACCUCAGAACCCAUUCCGGCGAGAAACCGUUCAGGUGUCACGCCUGCUCAAAAGCAUUUAGUCAAGCUGCAAAUUUAACGGCUCACGCAAGAACACAUUCCGGUGAGAAGCCGUUUAGAUGUCCGGUAUGCGACAGAAGAUUUUCACAGAGUAGUUCGGUAACAACCCAUAUGAGAACGCACUCAGGAGAACGACCGUACAGAUGUCGAUUUUGCAAGAAAGCAUUUUCCGACAGUUCAACCUUAACAAAACACUUGAGAAUUCAUUCAGGAGAAAAGCCUUACCAAUGUAAAUUAUGCCUAUUAAGGUUCAGUCAAAGUGGUAAUCUGAAUAGGCAUAUGAGGGUGCAUGGAGGAUCCUUAACGUGACACAAUUCCCCAUCACCUGCACCCCUACCGCAACAACAACAACAACAGCAACAGCAACAACCACCACCGGCUGCAGCGUUAUCUGACAAAAAUUGGUUGCAGUGUUGUCGAUUACCUGUGAUUCGAGUCGGCGACAACGUCCUCACAACGAAAACAAUAUUUUAAAUUAAUAUUAUACAUAUGAAUAUA